UGAUGAUAUAAUAACCCCCCCCCCCCCUCUUUUUUUUUAAUAAAUUGAAUUGAAUUGAAUUGGUAUUUGGAUUGUAGCGAAUUGGUUGAUGGUGACCUUCUCCUCGUAAUCUCCUGAUUGAGUUUUGAAAAUAACAGUGUUUGGUGAAUUGGGCUUUUUGUUUUGUCUUUUACUAGCAUAUGCUGAAGAUAUAUUUCUCCAAGGAUACCUUAGUUUUCUCCCUGUUUUGUUCUAUUAUCUUGGAUUGUUCUUGCAUUGAUGUACAUGAAAAAUUCAUGGGUUUAUUUGUAUCUCCUCCUUGUCAAUACAGCUUUCCCAAUGUGUUUGUCACCGUUGUGCUAAUAUACAUUGUGUCAAUUCGAUAACUUUAUCAAGUGGUUGGACUUCUUUCAGCAUUGCGUCGGAUUAUGUUCGAUUGCCUGUUAUUAUGAUGAACAAACGCUAUUACUUAUUUUCAUUUUCCCCUUGCAGAUUUGUGUGCUAUGUAAUUUAGAAUUUGGCCAAGGGAUGGAUAUUAUACGGAGAACCGUAUUGGUGUGUUUGGCCUUUUGGGGUGCAGUAUCUUGUCUGAGGUAGUGGAAUGGAAAAGAAGAAAAUAGAUGACUAUGAACCAAUACCAAUUCCACAUGUGAGAGUUGACAGAUUUGGAUUUGUAAUUCAAGAACUUAAUGAUUCUCCUGAUGGUUUAACCAAGAACAGGUCAGCCUGUCAGUAUGCGAGGGAGGAAAGAAGGAUUAGAAAAUGGAGGAAAAUGAUUGGCAUUGGAGGGAGUGAUUGGAAGCAUUAUGUUAGAAGGAAACCUCAUGUUGUAAAAAGACGCAUAAGAAAAGGAAUUCCUGAUUGUCUGAGGGGUCUUGUUUGGCAGCUAAUUUCAGGAAGCCGCGACCUCUUGCUGAUGAACCCUGGGGUUUAUGAGCAACUAGUGAUAUAUGAGACAUCUGCUUCAGAACUUGAUAUAAUUCGGGAUAUAUCUCGUACCUUCCCUUCACAUAUUUUCUUCCAGCAGAGACAUGGACCUGGUCAAAGGUCUCUCUAUAAUGUUCUAAAGGCGUACUCUGUAUUUGACAGAGAUGUUGGCUAUGUUCAGGGAAUGGGAUUUGUAGCUGGUCUGUUGCUUCUUUAUAUGAGUGAAGAAGAUGCAUUUUGGUUAUUGGUUGCAUUGCUAAAAGGAGCUGUCCAUGCCCCCAUGGAGGGUUUAUAUUUGGUGGGGUUGCCUCUGGUACAGCAAUACCUUUUUCAGUUUGAAAGUUUAGCAAGAGAGAACUUGCCAAAAGUCGGAGAGCAUUUUACGCAAGAAAUGAUAAACCCUAGCAUGUAUGCAAGCCAGUGGUUCAUAACUGUUUUUUCUAAAUCUUUCCCAUUCCAUUUGGCUCUUCGAAUUUGGGAUGUCUUUCUCUACCAGGGUGUCAAAAUUGUUUUUAAAGUUGGUCUGGCCCUGCUGAAAUACUGCCAGGAUGACUUAAUAAAGCUACCAUUUGAGAAGCUUAUACAUGCUCUGCGUAACUUCCCUGAGGACGCAAUGAACCCAGAUACCCUAUUACCAAUGGCCUACUCAAUCAAGUCUUUUCCAGUGAGGAGCUUGCAUCGUAUCCAAGCGUUUGGAGGAACUUAAGCUGGAGUACGAGAAGAAAAAUGGGAAGCCAGCAGAAGAACCCAAAGGGAAACAGAAACAUCUGCUACUUAAAAUGCAUUAAAGGUGCUUUGCAUUUGAGAGGACCCCGAGCCACAACUAGUCAGUACAUACACACUGAUUCUUUUAUUCUUUGCUUGUGUCAACAAUAUUGUCUCUGCCAGUGUGUAUAUAGCAUCACACUUUGGCCGUGUCUUUGACCUACGCAUAGGUAUGACGCGUAAAAAAUUGCUCAAUUGGUUGCUUACUUGAACUGAUUCUUUAGGUCUAAAAGAUCACAUGUUAAAAUCUUUUUAUGAGACAAAGUGAGGAUGGUGGCAAUGUGGCAUCUACGCAUCUUCUGAUAAGAUGGAAUCGUUUGGAUGGACCACCACGGGAAAAUUAUUUAGGUGGGAUGACAUACUAGGAAAGUUCUCUUUUGCUACACCAUAUCUGUCCAAGAAUCGGAUUCUUUUCAACAACUGUACCCUACUGAUCUGCUUCUCACCGAUCAUUAGGCGUUUUUAUGAUUGAGAGCCCUAAUUACCGCUAACUUGAUUGUUAUCCAAUGGCAAGCAUGGUGGAGUUGAUCGGCCAAUCAUUUGUUAUAUAUUUUAAAACAAGUUUGUAAGAUGGAUUUAUUGAAUUUUAUUUAUGCGACGAGUCUAAUGAUGAUUCUCUGUUGAUAUGACAUUCUUAUCCUCCGAAACAUUAGCAGGUGAUUAAUAUAAGGUCAAGGUUGGAUUUUGAUGCUAA